CUCUCUCUCUCUCUCUCUCUCUCGCUCUCUCUCUCCAACUCUCACGCCCACCAAAUCGACUUUGAACCUGUUUGUUUAAAUCCGCGGACUUUACAGCCCAACGCACUUACCGUUGGUUCUGUGAGGCGGCGGGAGAGCAGCGCGAGUUCGGCUCAGAUCUGCAGAACCCUCAAACUUUCUGCUUUCCUCAUGGUGCAGUGUGGACGCGCGGAGCUGACCUUCUAUCCAGAUUUUCCGGACGUGCCGCUGGAAAUGCCACGGACAAUGGACACUGAAUCUGGGAGGCACUGAAGACAUCUCUCUCUCUCCCCACGGGAGAGUCCUCCCUCCCCACCCCCCCACCCCACGCAGGGGCGAUGCGGAUCUCCCUGCUACUUCUCCCAGCCUCUCUGUGCGCCUUGGUCCUCCUCCUCCUCCUCCUCGCACCUGCCUCGGAGGGCUGCGGACCGGGGAGGGGAUACGGCAAGAGGCGACCCCCGAAGAAGCUCAUCCCGCUCGCCUACAAGCAGUUCAGCCCCAACGUGGCCGAGAAGACCCUGGGGGCCAGCGGGCGGCCCGAGGGCAAAAUUACGCGCAACUCCGAGCGUUUCAAAGAGCUGACGCCGAAUUACAACACAGACAUCAUCUUUAAGGAUGAGGAGGACACAGGCGCAGACAGGCUCAUGACGCAGCGAUGCAAAGACAAGUUAAACUCUCUGGCCAUCUCUGUGAUGAACAUGUGGCCAGGUGUGAAGCUCAGGGUGACGGAGGGCUGGGACGAGGACGGCCAUCACUCCGAGGACUCGCUGCACUACGAGGGCCGUGCUGUUGACAUCACCACAUCAGACAGGGACAGAAAUAAGUAUGCCAUGUUGGCUCGCUUGGCUGUAGAAGCUGGAUUUGACUGGGUCUACUACGAGUCCAAAGCCCACAUUCACUGUAGCGUCAAGUCAGAGCACUCUGUGGCAGCCAAAACUGGCGGUUGUUUCCCUGGUGAGUCCGAGGUGACGACUGAAGGCGGUGGGACCAAACUCAUGCGCGACCUUCUCCCCGGUGACCGCGUCUUGGCUUCCUCAACAGCAGACGGCCAUCCUGCGCUCCUCUACAGCCCGGUCGUGUCCUUUCUGGACCGCCAGCCCAACACCACAAAGACCUUCUACAUCAUUGGGACAGAAGCGGGUGUCAAUGUUACCCUCACGGCUGCUCACCUGAUCUUUGCCACGGACUGUGAUGGUGGACUGAGCGAAAAAGAGGGGCAGGAGAGCAGUCGUGCAGGACGUCUGAGGACAGUUUUCGCCAGUGAAGUCCGUCCAGGACAGUGUGUGUUUACAUCUACAGGCAGCGGGAAUUCCAGAUUUUCAGUGGUGACCUUUGUGGAGGAGCAGAAAAGCUCUGGGUUAUAUGCUCCUCUCACUCAGCAUGGCUCCAUAGUGGUGAAUGGUGUGUUAGCAUCUUGCUACGCAGCCGUGGACAGUCACCAUUUGUCCCACUGGGCCCUGGCCCCUCUAAGACUCUUCUACAAACUGAUAGGGCCUUUACAGGCCCAAAACAAUGGACUGCACUGGUACCCCUGGAUUCUGCAAAGACUGGGGCAAGUACUGCUAGACUCUGCACACUUCCACCCCUGGGGCAUCGAACAAUGACGUAAACAGAAUCCACAGAGACGUAUUUCAGGCUGUUUCAGUCGCCUGUCUUCAGGAGCACAAUAAAAGAAGAGCACAACUGCCUCUCUACUGUAUUCAGAAAACAACAAACCGGAGACGAUCCGAGACUAAACCCUGGAAACGUGUUUCAGUUGAGGUGUGCUGUGAGCAUGAGUGGAUUUGUAUGACUCUAAACGCACAUAUGAAAAAUAAAAAAUAUAUAUAUACAUAUAUAAAACCCAAAAAAAAAAAAAAAGAAAUGCACACUGGCAGUGCACAUCUCUGGAGCAAUAAACAAACACAAUAUAGGUGUUGAUUAUUGACAGAAAUUGUCUAUAAAAUUGCAAUCAUGUCCUAAUGCUGCUCUGCCCACUGUUUGUGGGUUUUAGGCGGUUGUAAAAUUUUAGAGAUACACAAUAUUGGUGCUGGUUUAAACAAAAUUUUAAUAGAAUUUAAACAUUUGAAGCACUAAUGAAAUAUGUUUGUAUUAUUUUUGUAUUCAUUUAAUAACUAGGUAUUUGCAUGUCCUCCUGAGACCAUCAGGGGGUGCUGCAGCACCCUCCACACCCACAGCCUUGACCAAAGAACAACUGUUUAAAAAGUGUAAAUAUAUUUUGUAUUAGCUCUAUUUGCCUGUAUUUGCUGUACUACAUUAUUUUUUAUGUAAAAUUGUGUAAAAAAAGGAAGAAAAUUAUGUCAGAGGACUGAAGAGGCAGACAAUGUGGCACAACUCUGUGAGUGAAUUUGCCAGGGAUCAAAAACAAGUUAGACUCAAAACUAAAGCUCUUAUAAAACCAGAAAAACAUGUUGUGAAGACGUUAAGUGGAGUUUUUUUUUUACAUUCUUGUGUUGUAAUUUUACUGUAAGCCAUUAAUGUUGGGCUUUUUGAAGGAAUUAAAACAACAUUGCACAUUUUGAGAAGCAAAAAAUAGAAGUGGAGCACCGGGAGGAAAGAAAAAUGCCAAAAUAAAGAGUAUUAUUGGCUGAUUAUAACAAAAUAUAAAUCAUUUAUGUGUACAUAGGUAUUUAUACAUUUACAUUAUUAGAAAAAAUGACAGAUUUACUUAUGGAAUAAUUACUGCAGUAAACUGGUGUUACGUUGUAUUUUAUAAAUGGCAGGGAAUUAAAAUGAACACAUUAUUUUUACUGCAAACACCUUUUUUAUUGAUACAAACUGCUUUAAAGAACACAGUGACUUGUUUUUUUCCAAACAACAAUUAUUUUGAGGUGAUUCAUAAAUCUCUAUCUUUCUGACAUUUUUAUUUAAGAACUUUUUCCAUUUGUUUGAAGAUGUCUUUUUUUCAGGUCAGUAAUAAGACUCAGGCUGAAUUCAACUACUGUAUUAAGUUUCUUUUACAGAUCUCAUAAGAAAUUAGGAUUUUUAGGAGAGAAAUUUCAUUUGAAAACUCUGCUUUUCAAUGUCUUUGUUUUGAAAUAUGGAGGUCCACAGGGAAGCCGUAAACAGAAUCACAAACACUAAGAAAAUCUGAGGCAGUUCAAUUAAUGCUUUAAAGGGAAAUAUAAUGACYUAAUCUAUAACUUACAUGUUGUCUAAAUGUUUCUGGUGUUGACUUUUGUUCAAAUAGCUUAAUGAAAACUCACAUAAUGCAAUAUAUCAAGUAACUCCAGGGCAUUCUUCUUUCUGUUUUUUUAAGUCAAAUAUGUAUAUAGCUCCUGCCGGAGAAACUAUUUAAAAAAUCUAUUUUCAGAAAAUGCUGUAAAUAUAUAUUAUUGUUAUUAUUAUUUUUAUUAUUAUUAUAGCAAUUUAUUUUAUGCAUCUCUGUUAAUAACAUUUGUAUUUGACAAACAUGAUUUUGGUUUGUUAACAAAACUUGGUGUGUUUUGUAACAGAAAUGAAUUUGCAAAAAGUUCAUGAAUCAUAUAUUGACUAAUAAAGAAAGUAUUUAUGUAAUAAAGUC